GUGGCCUCCAGCGGGCUGCUGCUCAUGAUCGAGCGGGGUAUCCUGGCCGAAAUGAAGCCCCUUCCCCUGCACCCUUCCCACCGCGAGGGCGCAGCCUGGCGCGGGACGGUCCGCCGGCCUGGGGGGCUGACCCUGGAUGCCGGGGACUCGGACUUGCAGGUGAGGCAGGACAUCCGAAACCGGACCUUGCGGGCAGUGUGCGGGCAGCCGGGCAUGCCCCGGGACCCUUGGGACUUGCCAGUGGGACAGCGGCGCACCCUGUUGCGCCACAUCCUCGUGAGUGAUCGCUACCACUUCCUCUACUGCUACGUCCCCAAAGUGGCCUGCUCCAACUGGAAGCGGGUGCUGAAGGUGCUGGCGGGCGUCCUGGACAGCGUGGACGUCCGCCUCAAGAUGGACCACCGCAAUGACCUGGUGUUCCUGGCCGACCUGCGGCCUGAGGAGAUCCGCUACCGCCUGCAGCACUACUUCAAGUUCCUGUUUGUGCGGGACCCCUUGGAACGCCUUUUCUCUGCUUACCGCAAUAAGUUUGGCGAGAUCCGAGAGUACCAGCAGCGCUAUGGGGCUGAGAUCGUGAGAAGGUACAGGUCAGGAGCUGGGCCCAGCCCUGCAGGGGACGAUGUCACCUUCCCUGAAUUCCUGAGGUACCUAGUAGACGAGGACCCUGAGCGCAUGAAUGAGCAUUGGAUGCCUGUGUACCACCUGUGCCAGCCUUGUGCUGUCCGCUAUGACUUUGUAGGCUCCUAUGAGAGGCUGGAGGCUGAUGCCAACCAUGUGCUGGAGUGGGUGCGGGCACCACCCCAUGUCCGAUUCCCAGCUCGCCAGGCCUGGUACCGGCCUGCCAGCCAGGAAAGCCUGCACUACCACCUGUGCAGUGCCCCACGGUCCCUGCUGCAGGAUUUGCUGCCUAAGUAUAUUCUGGACUUCUCCCUCUUUGCCUACCCACUGCCCAAUGUCACUAGGGAGGCCUGUCACCAGUGACCAUGGGAAGGGGCCAGCAGCUGUUGGAGGCUGGUUUUGACAGUGCCAGCUUCUCGUGCCUGCCAUUCAGAGAAAUCCUGGCUCUGAGCCUGGAGCUUCUCCAGAUAUCUGGAUGACAGGGACGGCCCUUGGAAGAUUUUUGUCCAGAGUGGGUGCCCAACAUGGCUCAGAGGAUGGGGUUGGACAGGAGGCCUGGUGCUCUCCCAUUGGGGGCAUUUCUUGGGGUCAGUAUGAUCUUUCUUAUCCUGGUAGAGCCAGAUACUAGUUUGCCAGUGAAGUAACACAUCUGUUCUGUAGACUAACUGCAUGGAUUGGGCACUUGGCCCACCUUAACCUGUGGCCAAACCCAGAGGUGGCACCCAUCAGGAGCACAACCAGAGCCAGGGGCCCUGUGGCUAUGGUCACCUGUUCAUCUACGAGUUAGAAGUCAUGCCUUACAAAUAACUUUUGUGCCUUUAUGCUUCAGACUCAGUUUCCUACACUUGCCAUGUCCUUUCUAUUUUUCCAAGGAAAGGAACACUGAGUUAGGGCUCUUACAUGGUAGCUCCAGGACCCACCCCUGCAGGCAUCCAAAGAACCCUGUGCCCAGCCUCUUCUUGGAGCUCUGGGCACCUCCUCCCUUCCCCCAAGGCUGUGACUGUGGCUGGUGUAUCUGGCUGUCACUUUUCUGACACAUUUAUUUAAAAUUUGUACUUUUUGAUAGAACCCUUGUGAAAGCUUUGUUUUUUCUAAUAGCUGCAUUUUUAUUAAAGAUGUUUUGUACACAAA